CGAAAUGCAUGCUGGGAACGGGUGAGGUAGCGGCUAGCAAAGAUGGCGGACGGUGAGGUUAGCUCCGCCGGUGGGAAGCCGAAAUCGGCGCUUAUGCGCCGCCAUGAACAACUUCAACGCUGGAAAGAUUCGGAAUUUGAUAGAGAAGCGGCUGAAAGAAAUGCAAAGAAAGCUAAAGUGAAAUUUGCGGCAGGAUGUGUGUUUCUAGCGGCCUGUGCAAGCGAGGAUUUGGAUGAGAUCCAAUCUCUUAUAAAGAGAGGAGCGGACAUAAAUUAUGCUAAUAUCGAUGGCUUGACUGCCCUGCAUCAGGCUGUCAUCGAUGAGAAGAUUGACAUGGUGGAGUACCUGUUGGAACAUGGGGCAGAUAUAGAAGCACAGGACAAUGAGGGCUGGACCGCACUCCAUGCCGCGGCUUCCUGUGGAUUUGAAGAUAUUGCAACGUAUUUAAUAGAAAACGGGGCCGACUUAGUAGCAUGCAAUAAUGAGGGGGAAUUACCAAUGGAUUUGGCAGAGGAGGAGGACAUGGAGGAAUUUUUACAAGAUGAAAUGGAUAAACAAGAUUUAGACGUAGAUCAGGCAAGAACGGAGGAGCAUGACAAGAUGCUAGAAGACGCCAAACAAUGGGUCAACAGCAAAAAAGUCACGGAUAGGCGGCAUCCAAAAACAGGUGCCACCUCCCUCCAUGUCGCUUCAGCUAAGGGAUAUAUCAAAGUUAUGGAACUUCUUAUACAGGCCGGGGUGGACGUGAACGCAAAAGAUAACGACGGAUGGACGCCUCUCCACGCGUCGUCGCAUUGGGGUCAUAAAGACGCCUGUGAAGUUUUAGUAAAAGCCAUGUGCGAUAUGGACACAAAAAACAAAUUAAAUCACACAGCAUUCGAUUUAGCAGACGAAGAAAUUCUCAAAUGGCUCGAGGAACUCAAAAAGAAACAAGCAUCAAUGAAGAAGGACGAGCCAACCGCUCCCAGGAUCGAUACAAAGAUACCUCCACCACUGAAACGAAGACACCGUUUGUCAUCGUCAGGUAGCGGAUCGUCUGUUACUCGAAUAAGCGUUCCUGAUCGUAACAUGCUCCUACAUCAAGACAUGGCCAAGGAACGGAAAGAGCUAGAAAAGAAAAUGCACGGAGGGGAUAAGGUCAAGAAGACGAUGGAAUCGUCGAGUUCUAGCGAAGAGGAGAGCGAAAGCGAAGAGGAAAGUUCGGAGGAAGAGAGUGAAGAGGAGAAGAACAGUGACAAGAAUCCGACCCCAAGCCGAAGGCCAGUAGAGGUCAACAGUAGACUCGGCCGCCCCACGAUCACUCCUCAACCUGCCAGUCCAUCAAAGAAAGAAAUGCCUAGUUUUUCACCUAAGCCCUUAGCCCCUCAGCAAGCGCAGGUCAAGCUGCCCCCUCCCAAGCAGGCUCCCAAGCAGGACAAGAAACAAGAAGAAGAAGUCCCGGCCUGGAGGACCGGUCUCAGGAAGACCACCAGUUCCAGUACGGUCCCGGAACCCAAGAAGACCGAAACCCAGGCCGAUAAGUUGGCCCGGUCCGCUUCCACGCCCCGAAUACCAACGUCAAAGCCAGAAACUAAGCCUCCAGCACCCUGGGAGAACAAGAAGGUAACACGACCAGCGCCACCUUCCUCCACCAAAACAGUGGAGUCGGAACCGAGCAGAGAGGUGAUACUCCCCUCCCCGCGGGGAAGUGGAAGGCGCCGUAUCGCUGCCGAGAUUACCACAGAUCAGGAUAGGACGGAGCCGGCCCGGGAUCGCACUAUCCGGGACCGGGGCGUUCCCAGCGCGAUCACAACACCUAGUACUACCAACGAUACCACCUCCACCACUUGCAAUAAUAACACCCCCGUGGGUAGCUCUGCAACCACCACGGUACCAUCAUCACGAAGGUCGAUCAUGACACCGUCGAAGGAGGAGGAGUCGGAAACACAGAGGAAAGCGCGGGCAAAGAGGGAACGUUCAAGUAGGAGAUCAACGCAGGGUGUUUCAGCAGAAGAUAUAGAGAGUGCCGUCAAAUGCAAUGAACUCAAGACGCAAGAUAACAGAGUGGCUGAUAACAAUAAGCAAGAAACGCCAAGAUUGCGACCAAGGAUAUCGGCCUCUACGGUAGAGAAGAAGGAUGAGAAGCCAGAGGAACCUCAAACAAUGACCUUUGUGGCGCGACCAAGUAGGAGCACAGUCACAGACUCGACCGAUACCCCCACAGCUACGGCUAGACUAGGAAGAGCCAACAGGGAUGAUAAAUCAGCAACUGAUGAAGCGAAAGAGCGGGCGAAGGAGCGGGAGAAGGAGCGAGAGAAGGAACAGGACGCCCUGAAAAAGAACAGCACCGGUACUAGUACAGCGCUCUCCAGGAGACGGCCGAGGGAGAAGAGGAGAGACACCGGGGUAAUCUAUCGUGAAGAAGAGGAGGAUGAAGACGAGGAUGAGGAGGACGAAGAUGAUCCAUUAAAGAGUCGCCGACCGUCUCCUCUGUAUUCCUCUUAUACAACCGAUCGCUCCUCAAGGCCGUCAUCAACUAGCUCAGUAGGAAGCAGGUAUGGGGACUCAUCAUCAGUCCUGGAUAGAUCGAGAGGGGGCUCAGAUAGAAAUCAAACCUCAACGCGGUCUAAUUCAGGACAAGCUUGUUCAUCUUGCAAAAAGUUAUUUGAUGAUAAAGACUCUCUUAUAAGCAAACUUCAGAGCGAUGUGAAACACAAAGAUCAAGAGAUUGCUGAACUCAAGAGCCAAUCAGAUCGCAGGUCAGACUCGAGGGCGGGCGACUCGGAUAAAAGGGAGAGACGAGGAUUAGAGCGAAGAAUUUCAGAGCUCGAAGAAGAACUCAAGGCCAUGGAGCAACUAAAGUCUGACAAUCAGCGACUGAAGGACGAGAAUGGUGCCUUAGUCCGGGUUAUCAGCAAGUUAUCCAAAUGAGGCCUACUGAUCCCUCUCCCCGGGCACGACUCCUCCACCACCACUAUCGCCUCCAAACCGUCUCAUCGGCUCCCUUGUCGCCAUCAGUUUCGUCAUCGUCACCGUCAUCGUCGAUCACCACCCGUAGUUUUUGUCUCGCCAGCCAGAACGACCAUCGUGAGGUUUCCAUCACGUGUCCUCGAUUCUGGGCGCUCACGCGCGACAUUCCUGCUGCUUAGGGCUGGCUUUGUUAAACCCCCCUCCCCUCCCCCUUCACAAAUCCAUCUCGUCUUCCUUUCUUGGUUUUCAUACCAUCUCAGUUUCCUCCUCCUUCUUCAUUUGCAUGAUUUACUUCGAAAGAUCGCUCAGUCUUUCUUUUAUACUGUUGUUAAUGAUGGAUAUGUCCCCUCCCCUUUUUGUACGCUUGUCCUUUAGCGCUUUGCUUUUGUAGCUGAAUGUGGUAGCAUAGUCUUGACAGGAAUCAAACGUUCCUCCGAGCAUCAGAAUGCUGAGCUCUUGGAGAACUUUGUUGAAGAUAACCUGUUCGUUGUGGGAUGUGUUACCGUGGCGAUGGGUGCUACUGGAGGUCAUAAGGUCAGGCUAAGCAGGAAUGCCCAAUCGUGCGCUGAGUGCAAGGAGGAUGCGUGAUGGAUACGACAGCGAAUCAGCUGACCGAGAUUUGACCAAUCAGGAAGGGGCGCGAUGGAGGAAGGUGUGCCGGGGGAACAGAGUGGGCACCCUCGGAUGUGUGUUUAUAAAUAGCUUAGAAAAAAAAGAAGAAAACUAUUUAAAAAAAGAGUCCUACAAAACAGAGUCUGCCGAAUGCCUUCAACGAAUCUACCCCAAUGCUAGAUUCGGAGAUAUCUCUCAUACCCGAUGAGGACAAUGCUGCCCUCUGUAGUUGGGAUGUGGUGAUGUUAGCACGUUUCAAGUGGAAAGAACACAAAAUGGCCAAAGUUUAUGGUAUAGAGGAACACCCUUUAUCAGCGUAAAAUAAGAACCUCUGUUUAUAGAAUUGGCGUUUCUCGUAAGAUGGUAAUGAAGCCUUUAGGGAGCCCUCUGUAGGCAAAAAAGUGCGUAGCUGAGACAAAAGAACUAGAACCAUGAUAGACUUUGGGCCAAGAGCUAUGGACAAUUUUUUUUUCAUCAUCAUCUUAUGUUUUAGUCAUUAUGUCAUUUUUCGAUUACAGGUAUUCAUUUUGAUUAUAUAUGUAUGAAUGAAUACUCAUCACAAUUUGUAAUUUCUCUUUGAAUUCUAUGUCUCGAAAUAAUCAUUCAACUCUUAGGAGUUUUUUCCUCUAAUAUGUUUGGGGAUGUUUGUUACAAUAUAGGCUUGCUUGAUAAGCUAGCAAAUGAUUUUUCUCGAUCAAACAGUUAUAAUCAAUUAGUAAUGUCUUCCAGGGGGUCGAUCGGCAUGUUUAUCGCUGCGAUUCACUCUCUUAUUUUACGUGUUAUGAUGAUUUGGGGGCUUUUGCUGAGUCUUUUCACUGAAGUUAACCGAAUAGAGACUGGUAUAUGAUCUUUGUUUGUAAUUGUGAUGAUUGGUGGAGAUUUCUGUACAAUAGAUGAUAACGAUCUCUUUGGAGUGUUUAAUAAGAGGAGUACUUUAACCAAACUUGUAGUAUCUAGACACGAAUAGCAACCAUUUAUUAUUAUCAAUUACGUGAUUGUAGUUAAACGAUUACCGGAGUUUAAUAUUCCUUUUGUGAUCAGGAUGAAUUUAUUCUCGUCUUUUUCUUCUGGAUGCUGUUUUCAUUUGGUUUCUCUUCAUUUAAUAAUUAUAUUUUGAUGUGGUAGGUCAGAAACACUACUAGCAUAUCAGAUGAAUUUUGAUAAAUUCAUUAUUUUAUCUCAGAGAAAAUUCAUCUGAGGUUAUUGAAGAAAAAAAAGGUGAUUAUUGAUUAUAAUAGUAGGAUUGUAAGCAUUUAAAAAGCAACGGUAAGGAAUGUAGAUUUUGUGUGCAAUAAUUACGAAGCUUGUGUAUUAUCAACUGUUUUCCAGUACGAUCUAUUUAUUGGAUUGCUGUAUCUCUCACUGCGCGUAGUUCCAAUCUCACGUUGGAAACCAGCUAAGUUACACUUAGAAUAGAAGUGAUACUUGUCGUAGUUCACUUCACAUCAAUUUUUUUCUUUCUCACUGUAUCUAGAUAAUAUGACACCUGUCUCAGUGGUGCUUUUGCGUUGUCGUGAGAGAGCGAAAGAAAGAAAGAGAGCGUGUGAGAGUAGCGAGAGAUGCGUGAUGUAGCUUAAGAGAGACGGGAACUCGACAGAAUUUAUCAUGUAGUCCUUCAUCAUGUCUCCAUUUUUUUUUCUUUUUGUAGAACCCAACACAUGUGCAUAGAAUCAAACUACAAAGCACUUUAGUGCUCUAUCAAACAUGUAUCUAUAAAGGCAUUGUUACUGCUUUGUAAUAUUGUUAUUUUUUUUCUAUUAUUACGAUUAUCAUUAGAGUCAGUUACAAUGCAUGAGUAUUUGUGCGGUGCUAUUAUGUGUCUUCUCGACUCUAGUCACUAGCAAGCAUGUUUUAUUUUCCCUCUCAUAGUCGCCCCUUUUUCUUUUUUCAUCUUAUUUUUAGAAUUAAAGCAGUCCUCAGGUACGACUACACAUUACUUGACAUUCAAUCUGCACAUGUUAAGGCAUAGCUUUUGUAGGAAUUCAAUGCUCUAUUGGUUAAUUGCUUGCUUUAAAAAUGCAUCAUCACGCAUUUUCUUCUUUCUUGCUUCAGACAAAAACCUUUCACUUUUCAAUGUCCCAAGUUUGCAAGACAUUGAAAUCUCGCAAUGUCUUUUAAUUGUAUAGUGGUCACACUUUCUUGACCCUGGCUAGAACACGGGUUUUCUCUCUCUAUUAAAAAAAAGGAGCGUGAUAGCUCCAGGUUCACUUAGAUAAACCAUGGCGACUCCAUUUUUUAUCAAAGAGACCCAAUUCGAUCUCAGAUUCAGUUCUCUUUUUUUCUCUCUCUCAAAUUAACCACUCUGAUAACUCAAGCCUUAGAGUAUUAAAUAUAUUGUUUAGGAUUUUUUUUAAAGUCAGAUUUAAUAUUCUCCUGCCGUGGUCUGAAAUCUUUUGUAUGUUUGCUCAAUAGAGGUUUAAAGUAGCAAGAGUUUUAGGUGAUACUAUUUUAUUCUCUCGUUGUAGCACUCGAUGUCUGAUUUGCAGAUCAGUUUAAGCACUAGUGGAAAUAGAUCUUUUAUUGCUGUCCUCUAAAAAAAACAUAACAAUGCUUUCUGAUCUGAUGUCCAUAGAGUCAUGUUUUUGUGUGGUGCCUUCAUCCACAUUUAGGGGGUGCAGUGCUUUAAUCAAUUGAAUGCAAUGAUAAUGAAAAUAGCUUUAAUAAACCUGUAAUGUUCGAAUAAGGUUAAGUCAAAAUUCAUAAAUGAUAACAAUGAAAUAAUUGUCAUCAAAUUAAGGGGGAAAAUUAAUAAGACAAUUUCACAUAUUAUGUCUCAGAUUAUGUCUUUUUUUGUUGUUGAUAUCAUGCCCCCAAGUAAAAAAAGUUCCUCUCUAUGAAUUGCUCACCUUUGCAAAGCUUUGUUUUGAUGCUUUAGCAGAUUUUGGGAAGAAGGAGUUAACAAAACAUGAUGUUUAAUAUUAUAUACUCAAUUAAUUAGGGAAUUUUUUAGAUUUUUGUAAAUGAUUGGAUUUUAAAGAAAGGGAAUAGAGGGAGCUGUAAAUGAUAAUUCAAUGAUUUUUUUUUCCUUCCUAAGUUUCUUGGCAAUCUUGUAUUCUUAGUGUGUCAAUGUUUGUAUGAAUGUGAGUGUGGGUGCGUGCGUGUGUGUGCGUGUGUUUGUUGCUUUCUCCUUCUCUUGGACUGUUCAAAUUAUUACUAUAGGAGUAGCCUUAAGACUCUGGGGCUACGUUUCAACCACCCGCUCAUACCACCCGCUCAUACACCUCAAAUAGGUGUAUGGUAUCUUCCAAUCUUUUUUUUUUUUUUUUUUUUUCUCGUAAUAUGGCAUGCACCUAGCCAUCCCUGGAUUUUAAAAAAGAAAGAAUAUUGUCUUCUUGUACUAGUCUCGUAUUCAGCCACUGUAGAGCAUUUUUUAAUUUCUCUUGCUUAAGCCAUUGUAUCAGGUGUGGAGUGCAGUGCCUAUCUAAAAAAAAAAAGUUUUUGUAAAUAUAUUUAAAAAACAAAGAAGGAAGUACACAUUAAUAGAAGGCAUGAUUUGAUUCAACCAAGAGCCUUGGAUAUCGGGAAGAAAAUUACGCAGGGGGCAUGUUCGAACAUUGUGUUUUCCAAUCGUUUCAUUAUAUAACAUAAGAUUGCAGUCCAGUUUUCAACUCAUAUAUUACAGCAAUUAAGAAAAGAGAGUAGCCCUGACAAGUUUGCCUUAUUCAAACAAAAAUGCCAUCGGGGCUAUUCUGUGAGAUUUAAUCACGUAGCAGUUUGAAACAAUCGCUCAAGUCAGUUAAGCUUGGGGUGCUAGUAUAUUUUUUUGUUCACUUUUUUUGUCCCUUCCGCCGUAUUUUAUUGUAAACGGGGGAAGGGCUUUGGAAAGUGGUUAUAAUCAUUCAAUCAUUUGGAGUGCGAUCUAAUUGAUUAAAAAAUAGGAUAUUUUGCAUAGACUUUCAUUGCAGAGAGUUCAAUUAUAUGAAUAUUAUUAUCCAAAUUCUAAUUAUCACUAUAUGUAGUCCAUGGUAUGAGGACAGCUGUACAGAGUAGAUAUUUUGUAGGCUAAUAUUGGUGCUUUAUAAUGUGGCAAGUGGGAGUUCGAAGAAUAAACACUUUUUUUUUUUGUAUGUGAGUUGACUAUUCCCAUGUUGGAAUUUACACAACUUCUUGGUAAAUCUAUGCACUUGUGUUUUUUUUUCUUUCCUCCGCUGUCUGUCUACCCCCCUCGUUUGUCUUGCUUUUUUAGUUCAAUUGUUUCCAAUCAUUUUGAAGAUCGAUAUGAUGUUUGAAGGACAGGAUGACGAGUAGUGGUACUGUUCGCCUGUCUUGAUCGACACUCUUUCGCAAGAGAAUACGCUACUUGUGAAGAUACCCAACAUCUUGCUCGAUGGAAAUUCAAAACUACUGGUUGAUUGAGUGUGCAUGGGAGCAUUGAUCAUGAAGAAACAUUUCAGUAAUUCACUAGAGUUUGAAAUUCAACUUUUAUUUUGUUUUCUCCACCACUUUCCAUCUUUAUAAUUAGUUGUUAAAAACCCUGAAUCUACAUUUUGACAUUCCUUAAAGUUAUUAAAAACUUUUUUAGCGUCACUGAGAUGUCCCCGAUAUCUAAUUUUAAAAAAGAGAGAGCACUUACACCAUGUGAGUUUGAUGGUAUAUACACUGUCUUUGUUGUUGACUAGGAAGGGAAUUCCCCUAAAAUGGAGAAAUGGGGAUUCCCCUCCUGUGAGUCUGCAAGGGCGUGGCUUUGUUUUGGUUGCCCCUGUUAUGAAAAGUGGUGGAAAAUGAAAAAAUUGGUUGAGUUUAUACUGAAGAACUAUUUAUCACUGCAUUAGUGUUUUUUUUUGUUCCCAUGGACAAAUUUGAUAUGAAAUGUUUCCAAGAACUCAUCAACCAACUAGAAUGUUUUAAACUUCCAAUCAGUUUGAAGUGUGUGUUGGAUAAUUAUCAAACCAAUGGCUAUCAUAGUCAUUAUGGAUGCUUCUGACAAACAUAGCUUACUGCAUAUGGCACUUAGAGUAAUGAGUGUAUACCAAACUGAAGGUAGCAGCUCAUUAUUUAUCUAACAUUGUGAAAGAGACACACAAACCGCCAUUUUGUUCAUCCUGUAUCAUUUCUUCCAAGUUCCUUUCACGUGUAAAACUUUCAUUGCACAAAUUCUUUGUAUAAAAAAACAGAAUGUAAAAUCAGAAGAAUGGGGUUGAAAUUUUUUGUGAAUACGAACUGUUCCUUGUUCUUGUGAAUUACUAUGUUAUGGAGCACAGUUUCACGAUUGUAUUUAUGAAAUAAUUCUGUAUCUAUUUACCUUGUUAACUCUCUCCAUGUUUAUGACUGUGUUGUACAGUGCUUGUUACUAAAUACAAAAUUAUAUAUGUUCCUGUAGAGGAGUUUAACUAGUAGAAACACAAUGUAUUCUCUUUUUAUUAGUUUCAGGAAAGAAGAAAAAGGAUCUUCGUUUGCUCUUCUCUCUCUCUUCAUUAUUUAUCUUUUUUUGUAACUAUUUUAAGUUUUAUUUCAUAAUGUGUUUCUAUGUAAGAGGAGAAAGGCCACUCUGGCUUUGUCAUAUUAAAAUAGUUCUCAACAUGAAA